AUGGCAGACACUUCCGACAUCGUCCCGGAAAAGGGCCAGCUCGAAGACCCCAAGUCCUCCGCCAACACAAGCGAGAUCGAGACGGGCGACGAGGCCCCCGUUCCAAUGGACACCGUCCGUCGCCGCAUCGUCAUGUUCUCGCUCUGUCUCGCCCUCUUCCUCUCCGCGCUCGACGUCACCAUCGAAUACGCCUGGAUUGGCAGCUCCUACACGCUCUCCAACACAGCCUCGGUCGCCAUCUGGGCGAAGCUCUCGGAUAUCUUUGGCCGAAAACCCAUCAUCAUGAUUGCCAACGUGGCCUUUCUUCUAGGAAGUCUGCUGGCCGGUCUCUCGCAAAACGUGGGCAUGCUGAUCGGGGGCCGCAUUAUCCAGGGUCUCGGCGCUGGAGGAUGUACGGUGCUGGUGACGAUUCUCAUCAGCGACUUGUUCGCGCUGCGGGAUAGGGCCAAGUACUAUGGACUCACGGGGAUCGUGUACGCCAUCUCGAGUAGCAUUGGACCGGUGCUUGGCGGCGUGUUUACGCAGACGAUUGGCUGGAGGUGGUGUUUCUAUAUCAACCUACCGUUCGACGGCAUCUCCCUCAUCGCGCUUCUCCUUGCCCUCCGAGUCCACACCUCGAAAACCACCCUCGCCGCAGGCCUCAAAUCCCUCGACUGGAUUGGAUGCCUCCUCAUCGUCGGAGGCACAAUCUGCUUCCUAUACGGCCUCGGAUCAGGCGCCGGCGACAAAGCAUCGUGGAAAUCGGCCGAGACCAUCUGUCUGCUCGUGUUCGGCGUCGUUAUCCUCGUCCUCUUUGGUUUCUACGAAUCCCGCUUCGCCACGAGCCCCUUGGUGCCCAUGCGCAUCUUCUCCCGCGGCACAAACAUCGCCUCCAUGGCCGUCCUCUGCCUCCACGGCUUCGUGUUCAUCGCGUACGAUUACUUUCUCCCGCUCUACUUCCAAAUUGCCCUCGGUUUCGCCCCCAUCAUCUCCGGCGUCUCGCUUCUGGCUCUCGUUGUGCCCCUUUCCUUCACAACCAUGGGCGCGGCCUUCUUCAUCAAAAAGACGGGCUCCUAUCUCCUCCCGACGAACAUUGGCGCCGCGGUGAUGACGCUCGGCACGGGAUUACUCAUCAGUUUGGGUGCCAAGACGGACUGGGCCAAGAUUAUGGUUUUCCAGGUCAUUGUCGGCCUCGGUGCCGGCCCGUUGUUCCAGGCCCCGAUGAUUGCGCUCCAAGCGCACUUGCCACAAAAGGAUGUGGCUGCAGCCUCUUCGGCGUCCCAGUUCUUGCGGAGCUUAAGCACUUCCAUGUCCAUUGUCAUUGGCACCGUGCUUCUUCAGGCGAACCACGGAGGGAACCAGCUCACGGAAGCCGUUAGCACUCCAGAGGCCGCGCAGGGCUACGUGGAUGCGAUGAAGUACAUGUGGAUAUUUUACACUGCCAUGGCGGGGGUGAUGGUGGCUACUUGCAUGUUUAUCAAGAAAAUGCCGGUCCAGGAUAAGUCGUAG